AUGCGGACCCGCAAGGAAAAGCCCAUCUUCCGCGGCCUGACCAUUGCCGCGGCAGGCGACCUCGGCGGCGGGCAGUGGUCCGAUGCCAACAUCUCGCGCUGGGUGGGGCUGCGCGAGGGCAAGUUCGUGCGGCAGAUGAGCGAGGAUGUGACACAUCUGGUGUGCAGCGGAGACGAGUUCCGGCGGAUGGGGGGCAUGGUCAAAGCGACGCUCAAACGGCCCAAGACGUGCCAGGUUGUCACGCCGGACUGGCUCGAGGACUCGAUGCUCAAGAGGAAACGGCUGGAUGAGAAGCCGUACUCGCAUCUUGAGGUGCUGAAGAGGGAGCGCCAAAGGGAGCGGAAGCGGAUGCUUGUUGUCAAGGGACUGGAGAAGGCUGUGAGGGAGGUCAAUCCGAAUCUCUAUCAUCCGUACCGAGACCACACAUUCUUUAUGUAUGAGGUGGUGCUGACGAGGGAUGACGAGGCUGCGGGAAUCCAGGGGGAGCGAUACGUUCUUACGCUCCACGAGUCCAACAAUGCCAAACCGUGCCUCUACUGGUUCGUCGCCAAAUUCUACAAGAAGAAGGGCGACACCCAGGCAAAGGUCCACCGGCCGAGCCACGCGCCGGGGGUAUUCGCCCGCGAGUUCGCCCUGUUUCAGUCCUUCUUCCACAACAAGACCGGCGUUCCCUGGGCCGAGCGCCUCAUCAGGGCGGGGACAACCGAGAGGAGGUUCUUCCAAUACCAGCCGCCGACGGGUGGCAAGCCCGUCGGCUGGGUUCCGGCCGAGUACAUUCCCUCUGGGUUUCCCAUUGCUCUCGCUCCCACGGUGGAAAGGGGCAUACAUUCCGACGCCACUGGUUCUCUCCAGACUGAGGUGGCGGCCGUCAACGCAAUUGCCGACGCAAAUUCUCACACAAAGGACACCGAAGUCGAAGUCGCACCGGCAGUCGCAAGAUUCACAGACGAUCCUGCACUUCAGCCGCAGCUCACACCCCCGAUCACGCCAGUUCCGUGGUCCGGCACUUGCCCGAGCCCAGCAGAUAGGCUCUCCGUGCCAUAAUCGGAUCGAGAGCGCCGUUCCUUCCGUGGCACCUUCCAACCCUUGGUCAGCUCCCGGUCACACCCGGCCUAUCACUUCAGAUGAUUGAUCUCACGGCGGCCACGGAUUGAACGACGCGCCUUCCUUGACUGAUCCGAUGCGUUGUGACUUCAAUGGGACUCGGAAAGCAGGCGUCCUACACAAACCGAAGGAGCAUUGGAAGAUGGGGGCUCAUCGGUUG